AUAAUUUUUUCCUUAUCAGUCUUAUACAACAACUACUACUUAUUGUCGUUGAAAGAUGGUUGUCUUUGAAUGUCAUAUUUGUCAAUACAUAUUAUUAAUUACAAAAUACUAAAAACUCUACAGGGUCAUUUCCUCUAAAUGUACUUUUCAAUUACAUAUCUAAUUCACAUAACAUUUCUCAUGAGAAUUAAAGUACUCUACAGACCAUAUAAUGGUGCAUAUACAAGUAGUGACUAUCAAAGAAAAAGCCCCACCUUCUACAAAGGAGUACAAUUAUGCUGAUACUUUUUGGUGUACUUACAUUGUGUCUGUAGUAGCUGCAAGUGUAGCUGAAUUGUUUACAUAUCCACUAGAUUUAACUAAAACUCGUCUCCAGAUUCAAGGAGAGGCAGCUACUACAAAUGGAAAAUCUGUCAAAUAUCGUGGUAUGCUAAAAACAGCAAUCGGUAUUGUUAAUGAAGAAGGUGCCUUAAAAUUAUGGCAAGGAAUAUCACCAGCAUUAUAUAGACAUGUAAUAUACUCAGGAAUUAGAAUUGUUUCAUAUGAAACAAUGCGUGAUCAGAUUUUAAUGAAAAAUCCAGAUGGAUCAUUCCCAAUAUGGAAAUCUGCUAUAAGUGGUGUAGUAUCUGGAGCAAUAGCUCAAUAUAUUGCUAGUCCAGCAGAUUUAAUAAAAGUUCAAAUUCAAAUGGAGGGUAAACGUAGAUUAAUGGGAGAGCCACCAAGAGUUUUGGGUACUGCACAUGCAUUUAAAAAAAUUUUAGCUGAAAGUGGUUAUCGUGGUUUAUGGAAAGGCUCAAUACCAAAUGUACAACGAGCGGCUCUAGUAAAUUUGGGAGACUUAACCACUUAUGAUACAGCUAAACAACUAAUUAUGCUUAAAACUGGAUUACCUGAUUCACAUCUUUUACAUUGUUUAUCUAGUGUCUGUGCGGGUUUGGUUGCUGCAACAAUGGGUACACCAGCUGAUGUUGUAAAAACACGUGUUAUGAAUCAACCUACUGACAAAAAUGGCAUUGGCUUAGUAUAUAAAGGAUCAGUGGACUGUUUAAUUAAGACUGUUGAAAAUGAAGGGUUUCUAGCUCUUUAUAAAGGUUUCCUACCAGUUUGGAUUAGAAUGGCCCCAUGGUCACUGACAUUUUGGCUAAGUUUUGAACAAAUACGACACACGCUUGGAGCUACUGGAUUUUAGUUAUAAUUAUUAAUUUGGGAUCUCGUUAAUUAAUGUGUUUGAAACAUGUUUUAGUUUUAUUUUAGUUAACGGUUAAAUAAUAUGUUUGGAAUGUUUUAGUUCGCACAAUUAAGUUUAUAUAUUUAAAAAAUUAGAACUCUAGUGAAUUUUUGAGUUAUGAAAUUUAAUUUAAAUGAAUUAUAUUAGCACUGCAACUAGUUUUAUUUUGUAAAAUGACAUAACACUUAUAAGUACUGUUUCCUAUAUUUUUUAAAUUCAAUAUUGUGUUAAUAAUAUGUGUACGUUUAAUCGUAAUAUGGGUAUUUAAACCAUUAGCACAAUCUUUAUUUGAUUACUUAAGUGCCUCUAAGUAUGAAUGACAUUAUUUUAUUGAAGAAUAUAAUUAGAAAAUUACGUUUACUAUAUGUCAAAGUAGGAAAUUUGGCUGUGCUUUGUAAUUCAGUAGUUAAAAUACUAUAACUUUGUUUUACAAAAACAAUUUAAGGAUUUCCAUUGUAUAUAUUUAUUCACUUAGUAAAAAAAUAAAACUGUUUACAGUAUAGGAGAUUUCCAUUAUAUAAAUCCUUUUAUAGAAUUAUAUAUUUCAAUUUGUCUUCAAAAAAUAAAUGGAAAGAAAAUAAAUAUUAUUUAAAAAAGAAAUGUUCUUUUAAGGAAAACUUAAAUUAUGUUGCCAUUGUACACAGUUUUAAAACAAUAAUUAUUUAAAAAAUACAUAAAGAUUUUUCUCUAUUUAGUCUUUUUUCAGAGAAACUAUUAGUGUAUAAGAUUUUAGUUUAUACAAAAAUAACCAAAAAAUUAUACCAAACUUAGUUAUU